GAAUCUUUCUCAAGUCUUCUUUCUAGAGGAUCACUGGAACAGCUCAGUGUAGAGGAAAUGCAUGCCGAAAUCUGUUAUGCCGAGUGUCUCCUGCAGAAAGCAGCACUCACGUUUGUGCAGGAUGAAAAUAUGAUCAACUUCAUCAAAGGUGGACUCAAAAUUAGAACAAGUUACCAAAUAUAUAAAGAAUGUCUUUCAAUCUUGCAUGAAAUUGAGAAGAACAAACUUGAGCAGAAAUUCUUCUAUGAGUUUGAAGGGGGUGUCAAGCUUGGCAUUGGGGCCUUUAAUUUGAUGCUGUCCCUUUUACCAGCAAGGAUAAUCAGACUACUAGAAUUUAUUGGAUUUUCUGGAAACAGGGAGUUGGGCCUCCUGCAGUUACGGGAAGGUGCGUCAGGGAAAAGCAUGAGGUCUCCACUGUGCUGCUUAACCAUCCUAGCUUUUCAUACUUACAUCUCCCUGAUACUCGGUACAGGAGAAGUGAAUGUGGUGGAAGCAGAGAGCCUCCUCGCACCCUUCCUACAGCAGUUUCCAAAUGGCUCACUCAUGCUGUUUUAUCACGCCCGAAUAGAGCUGCUAAAAGGGAAUAUUGAAGAGGCACAAGAGAUAUUUCGAAAAUGCAUUUCAGUUCAAGAAGAAUGGAAACAGUUUCACCAUCUCUGUUACUGGGAGCUAAUGUGGAUUAAUGUAUUCCAACAAAACUGGAUGCAGGCGUAUUACUAUUCAGAUCUGCUUUGCAAAGAGAGUAAAUGGUCCAAGGCAACUUAUGUGUUUUUGAAAGCUGCAAUUUUGAGUAUGCUUCCAGAGGAGGAUGUAUUAGCAACUAAUGAGAAUGUGGUAACUUUAUUCAGACAGGUGGACGGCUUGAAGCAGAGGAUUGCUGGUAAAUCUCUCCCUACGGAGAAGUUUGCUGUGAGGAAGGCUCGACGCUACUCUGCCUCCUUGCCUGUACCUGUGAAGCUUGUCUUGCCUGCCCUGGAAAUGAUGUAUGUCUGGAAUGGUUUUUCAAUAGUGAGCAAAAGAAAAGACCUUUCUGAAAAUCUGUUGGUAACUGUUGAAAAGGCUGAGGCUGCUUUACAAAAUGAAAACUUUCAUGACUUCUCUGUGGAUGAUGAGUGCUUAGUAAAGUUACUUAAAGGAUGCUGCCUCAAGAGCUUACAGCGGCCCUUGCAAGCCGAACUGUGUUUUAAUCAUGUUGUAGAAAGUGAAAAACUACUGAGGUAUGAUCACUACCUAGUGCCAUUCACUCUGUUCGAGUUGGCAUUUUUGUAUAAAAGCCAAGGGGAAAUUGACAAAGCUAUAAAGGCCCUAGAAACUGCAAGGAACAACUACAAAGAUUACUCCUUGGAGUCCAGACUACACUUCAGAAUUCAGGCAGCUCUUCACCUCUGGAAAAAGCCUUCCUCAGAUUGAGCAGAACAUGAAGGAUGGAAUUUUUCCCUGAGUUAGCAUCGGCAUCUGCUGUAUAUUAGGCCUUAUAUUCAAGUGGAAAAAUGAUCUUGUGAAUAAGAG